AUAAAAAAUAAAUUGAUUUUUUUUAUACAAGCAAUAAAAACUAUUUUUAUACAUUUAAUUUGUUGCCAACAAUGUUGUGAAACAAAAUGCUUAAGGCAGUUUUAUGUGUACUAUUUUUUGUUGAAAUAGGACAAAUUGACGGAGGUGCGCUUGUCCCGAGAUGGAAACGCGAUGAAUCUGGCGUACUUAAUAUUCUAACAAACCAUGCACAACCCAUCCAUGCUGAUGUGAAAGGAGAUAACGAAAAGCCUUGUUUCAAAGUAUACUUAGGGAUUCCUCCAUCUAAUAUAGAAGAUGGUACAGUAUUCCAGGUGGUUCCUCCAAAGGAUGUGCUUUACGAGGGAAGGUCGCUUCGGAAGUCUUUACCUCUUAAUUCUCGUCUGGAUUUAGUUAGAGCCAUCAGUAGAGUCGUAACUCUACUUGUGCUACUUUUCUCAGCUGCUGUUGAAUUCUAUCCAGUUUUCUAUCAGUUAUAUAACAUAAUGUACGAAUUUAUAUAUUUUAGUAAAUAUUAAAGCUUUGAUGAAUUUAAAAUAUACAUUUUUCCUGGAAAAUAAAUCUUGAAAACAUU